AGAGUGCUUUAGCGGCGCUGCGUUAAGUCAGGAGUCGGGGCGCAGUGUGAGACGCGCGCGCGCUUCGGCACCAUGCUGACCCUCGCGCUCCUUCUCAUCGCAGUCAGUGCCGCAAACUCGCGACCUUUUAACAUCACGUACCUCAUGGUCCCCGAGGUCGUGUGGCCGGGACAGGACGAAGUGGACAUCGAGUGCCGCUACGACGCCAACUUCACGAUCCUCAACUGGUUCAAAGGCUCCACUGAGUUCUUCAGGUACAAACCGGGCGCCGCGCCGAGUACACGAUCGUUUCCAAUACUCGGAGUGGGACGGAUCCAACUGGUAGCCUGUGGACCUACUGCGUGCAGACUGAAACUAGGUGGUCUCAGUGAGGAAGCCUCAGGAUUGUAUCGAUGUGACAUAGAAAGAGAUGCUCCGCCUCAUUUAUUCGAGUCCCGCAAAGCGUAUAUGCAAGUUCACGGUCACGAACACAGGAAGCCACUGCUCGAAGGCUUGGCUGAGGAAUACGCUGAAGGGGAACUGAUACAAGCGUAUUGUCGUGCCGCUCCCGACUCCGAAAUACGUUGGUACAUAAACGGACAUGAAAUGGAAGACACAAGGGGCAAAGCGACCUUGAAAAAAAACAGUUCGAGAUUCGAUUUCGUAGGUCUCCCUCCGACUAUGACGAUGCAAUGUGCUGAGUUCAGAUACGGAAGGCUACUGGGCUCCAAAGAAUUCAGUGCACGUUUGAAGGAAGUGGCUCAUAUCAAAAGGGAAGAGAGAGAGAAAGAAAAAUCGAAUGGAGUUAGUUUAACAAGUAGUAAUUUACGUUUUAUAAGUGCUUUAUUUAUUUUAAACAGUUUACAAGUAUUCUGGACUUUUCUAUAGUUUACGGGUUUGUUGACCAGCAUUAUAUUUAGACGCUAUGUUUUUAGUGUUACGUCUUAAAGAAGCAUUCCGCCACAUUAUCGUAAAGAAAUAUAUAUGUAAUGGCUUAUUAUUUCUUUGUUCUAAUUUCUAAGAAGCAAUCAGAUUAUAAAUACCUCAAAUGUUUUUAUCUACAUAAGUUAAGUACCUAAAA